UUGUCCCCGCCCUUCUGCAUCUACCAUCUGUUGGGGCCAUGAAGGGGACUCCUAGCAACUUGGACACCCUGCUGUGGGUCUACCACUUCCACAGCUCCACCGAGGUGGCUCUACAGCCUCCCCUUCUGUCUUCCCUGGAACUUGCUGUGGCCGCAGCUCAGGAAUAUCUGGUGCAAAGGUUCAGAGAACUCAAGUCCCAGGAGCCCCUGGAAUCUGAUAAGCCCGCCCAGAAGGCCACCUUAGGACUGGUGCUAAGAGAAGCUGCGACCAGCAUCAUGAGCUUUGGAGCCACCUUGUUAGAGAUCUCAGCCCUGUGGCUACAGCAGGAGAUGCAGCUACUGGACAGCAGUGACGACGACUGCCUGGGCCCAGCCCCGGACACUGGGGAUCCGGGGAGGGCUCUGGCCCGAGUAGCCCAGGCGGUAGGGCAGGGGAUUCGGCAAGCUGGAGCAGCAGCUAGCGCAAGUGUCCGGUAUCUGAUCCAGGGGGCGUGGCUGUGCCUGUGUGGACGUGGUUUGCAUGGGUCCACCUCCUCCCUACAACAAACCCUACGCCAGCUGGGCCUUGGGGUCCCAGGAGAUCAGGUGCGUUCUGAAUAAGGGGUGUGGCACGGGUCAGAGGAGGUGGGAUUGAGGAUAUACUGAGCCAUUCUGACCUCUCAACAGAGAUACUCAGGAGACCUCAAGGUGGCAUCCAGCAGCAGUGAGGAAAACGGGGAACCAGAUAAUCCUACAUUGUCCCAGCCCCACCCUGAGUCCAAAUAAAAAGCCCAGGAAUGGGA